AUGGACAAUAAUAUGCAGGACAAAAUCAUAUCCUUCAUCACGGAGGGAAAUCUCAGUCAAUUAAUCCCUGCCAUUGAAACCGCCCUACAGCAGCACCAACUACCCCCCACAGCCAUCCUCCUCCAAACCGCAAUCCAGACCAUGCAGCUAGGCGUGCUCCAAUAUCUCCUUCCUCGACUGUUUCCACGUGACGAAAAAAAACAAACAAGCGGUCAGAAGAGCCCACUAGCAAUGCUGGACCGAGCAGUUAUCCUUGAGACGCUCAGCCCCGAACGAGUGCCAGCGUUUGAGCUGCUCUGCCGGCACGAUCCGUCGCUUCGAACUGUGCACCUAGGCCACAUGGGUCCCCCGCUAGCAUGGGCCAUUCUGGGAAACAAUCUCCGGCUGGCCUCGUUUCUUCUAGCCGACGGUGUGGACUCUGCGGAUUGCCAGGUCAACUAUCAGCCCGCAGUAGUGGCAGCGGCGGGGAGCGCAUCGUGUGCGAUGAUGGGGCUGCUAUUGGAUCACGGAGCAGUCGUGGAAGGCACCGAUGCGCUUUUUGCUGCCGUGCGCAAUCAUCGUGUUGAUAUGCUCGCCCUCUUGGUGGAGAAGAGGAAAGCGGCCGAUAUUAAUGCUGUUCAGCCGGCAGUCCGGGAGAGGGGACUCACUCCGGGGCCUGUGCUUCAUCUGGCUAUUCGACGGAGGGACCGGGCUAUGGUGAGAGUGUUGAUGCAGAGAUUUCAUGCGGAUCCUCUGGCGGAGGACUCAGAGGGGAAGACUGCGAUUGAUUGGGCUGUGGAGGCUACGGAUGAGGAAAUUUUGGACAUGUGUCUAGGUGGAAAGGAAAAUUAA